GUAAAAAAGCCACCUUUUCCAAGCUACGUGAACCAACAAUUUAGUUUUAGAUACAUGUCCACUUACUCCGAAGCAGCACAUGAAUACGUAACUAAUAAUUAAAUGAUCCUAUUCAACACACGAUAACAAAUAGAAUUUGAUGAAUCACCUCAAUUUUUUGAUUGCGAAUAUAAGUCCAAAACUUCAGCAAACACCGAAUCCACAUGGAUCUGACGACAGGAAAGAAAUGGGAAUGUGCACAGUGCUCAAAACAGUUUAAAUCCAACAAGUAUCUGACUCGACACAUGGUCACGCACGAUCCCGAUGCCAAGGUUACGUGUGAGGAUUGCAGCAAAACGUUCAAAAACAGACGUGUCUUAUCCUCCCACAAGUGGUAUAUUCACACCAAUCGGAAAAUACCACGGUGCGACACUUGUCACCGGGUGUUUGCUACCCCUGCCAUUUUACAGCGACAUAUCGACACCACCCACAUCACUGAGGAAGGACCCCCUUUCCCAUGUAAGUUUCGCGGCUGUGAAGAAACCUACCUACACGAGGACGAUCUUUUGGAACACGUGAAAACCGGACAUGCCAAAAAUCCGGUCCGAUUUCCGUGCACAUUUUGCGGAAAGGAAUUCAAAACUAGGGUUCAACUUGAAGCUCACAUUCCCACCCACAGCAGGACCAAGAAAAAGGAGUACAAAUGUGCCACUUGUGGAGAGUUUCCCUCGCAAGGAAAAUAUGAUACUUCACCAGGUGACACAUUUGGAAAAAUCUGCCCGGGACGUGGUACAGUGUGAUGUCUGUCCGCAGACCUUCUUAACGAGGCGUGGUUUACAGUACCACAUCCGAGCUGUGCAUGAAAAUCACAGGAAUUAUCCGUGCAUAUUUUGUGACAAGAGAUUCUCUGAC